CGAUAGGCUGAUGAUGAAGUAAUUUGCAGACAAUAUGCAGUCAGUGGGGCAUUAGUUGAACCGAGCCCCACUGGGGCUCUAUUCAUAAGUGUGGACGCAGGGCGCACACGACUUGUAAUGCUCUGUUCACGCGUGUGGUGUGCGCGCAAGGCGUCCACAUUAUGGGAAUUUCGUUGCAUUGCAUGAUAAGUUGCGAAAAUGUAGACGACAAAUUCUUUCAUUGCGUGAUACAUUUCGUAAGAAGAAGCAAUCAAUCUGACGCGUUUACGAAUUCUACCUAUUACAGCUAUAAUGGUGAUGUUACAAGCCAUAAAAAGGUAGGUACAUGUAUCUACCAUUUUGAAAGAACUGUCAAUAAUGGAAUGUUAAAUCAAUGCUUGUCAUUUUGUCAUCAUACGAUUCUAUUUUCUCCUUAAUUUACUGUAAAUAAAUUAACAUUUUUGAUCAUGGAGUACUUUGGAAUAACUAUGUAUGGUCCCCAAAAUUAUAUGCACGAUAUAAUGAUAGAACAAUAUCAAGAACCUAUGUCUAAAGAAGAAGUUAAACCUAUGAUGGAAAAAGUCAAAGAGUAUUCUACUCUUCCGAAAACUAUACAACGUCCGGAUGCAGACGUGAUCAGGCUUAUCGAUGUGUACAUAGGAAGAGUUAAUGGAUUCGCUUACGGUUCUACGGGCAGAUUCGUCAAAAUGAAGCGUAAAGGCGUUAUGAAACCUCCUUAUCCUUGUGAUAUGUACCGGCUCCCGCCUACUACAUAUAUGGAGUUUGGAUGGUGGCUACAUGAUCCAGCAAUAGCAAACUCGGAUUGGCACGUGACCAAGCCAAGAUUCCCUCAACCUGCGUCACCGAACACUUUGAUUCUAGAUAAAGUGCGAAGAAAUAAUAAAUAUGCCACUCUUUUCUGAUGAAUAAAAACUUACAUUGCCAUAAUAAAAAUUGAAUUUAUA